UCCUUUCUCUCUCCCUCUUUUCCAUACCAGGCCGCACACUUCGGCCUCUCCUUCUCCUUCCUCAAACCAAAAAAAAGUCUCUCUGUUUUUAUUUAAUUUUUUAAAAUUAAUUAAUUCAGAGAGCAAAAAAAUAAAUCACAGAUUUCGAGGUUGAAGAAGUUCGCAAUUUUUGAUCUACCACUUCAGGACUAAAAGUUCUACUAUGUGUGUGCAUACUGCAUAGCCUUGAAGUCAGGGAUAUACUCAUAUACGCGGCUGGAACAAUGGGUGCAGGUGGGAGAUCUAUUCCUCCAUCGGCGAGAAAGGAGAAAUCUGAUGCAUUGAACAGAGUACCAUACGAAAAACCACCAUUCACACUAGGGCAGAUAAAAAAAGCCAUCCCACCUCAUUGCUUCAAACGCUCUGUGCUACGCUCUUUCUCCUAUGUGGUUUAUGAUUUCACCAUUGCGUUCCUCCUCUACUAUGUUGCUACUAACUACAUCCACCUCCUUCCAAAGCCUUUCAACUACUUGGCUUGGCCUGUGUAUGGAUUUGUCCAAGGCUGUGUUCUUACCGGUGUUUGGGUUAUAGCCCAUGAAUGUGGCCACCAUGCCUUCAGUGAUUACCAGUGGCUCGAUGACACUGUUGGCUUAGUCCUCCACUCGUUCCUUCUUGUGCCAUAUUUCUCAUGGAAAUACAGUCACAGGCGCCAUCACUCAAACACUGGUUCAAUGGAGAAAGAUGAAGUUUUUGUACCAAAAAGAAAGGAAAAUAUGUCAUGGUUUUCCAAGUAUCUUAGCAACCCACCUGGACGAAUCCUGACCCUUGUUGUGACGCUAACCCUUGGCUGGCCUUUGUAUCUUCUGUUUAAUGUAUCGGGUAGGAAAUAUGAGCGUUUUGCUUGCCAUUAUGACCCAUCCUCUCCAAUCUACUCGGACCGUGAGAGGCUUCAAAUAUUCAUUUCUGAUGUUGGGAUUUCGUUAGUGGCUUUUGGGCUUUAUCACCUUGCAGCUGCCAAAGGAAUUUCAUGGGUGUUGUGUGUAUAUGGGGGUCCAUUGCUUGUUGUGAACGGAUUUCUUGUCCUGAUUACCUUCCUUCAGCACACACACCCUUCAUUGCCCCAUUACGAUACAUCUGAAUGGGAUUGGUUGAGAGGUGCAUUGGCUACCGUGGACCGAGACUACGGGAUUUUGAACAAGGUGUUCCACAACAUUACUGAUACUCACGUGGCUCACCAUCUCAUCUCGACCAUGCCCCAUUAUCAUGCUAUGGAGGCAACCAAGGCUAUAAAGCCAAUAUUGGGCAAAUAUUAUCGGUUGGAUUCAACUCCAGUAUUCAAGGCAAUGUGGAGGGAGGCCAAAGAAUGUAUGUAUGUGGAGGCUGAUGAAGACGACCAGAACAAAGGUGUGCUCUGGUACAGAAACAAGCUUUAAGUUGAAAGUUUUAGUUUGAUGGAAGCUUGGAAAAUCCUGGUUUCUCCUUUAGGGAUUAGCCUUCUCUUAUCCUUUAAAACCCCCUCCCUACUAGAUUUAUAGGUUGGUUGUGUGUUUGUCAUGUUUUGUAUUUUUGAACCGCGGAUUUCUUUAACUACCAUUCCAGUAAUGUUGAUCAUUGUGAUAGAGCGAGAAUCACUAGGCGAGUUGGGGGAGUUGUUUGUUAUUGUUGUUUUUGCAAUAAUCUGUACAUCCUUGCUGUGCCCAGAUUUCUUGGCAUAUCUACGGAUGGGACACAAUUAUUUGUGAAUUUUUGACUGUUGUAGUAACACCCUUUGUGAUUUCUUAUUACUAUUCGUAAUUUUUACUA